UCGGUCGGAUUUUCCGUUCUAUCAUACAGCCGUGCUCCGGGGGUCCUUGGUCCUCCAGGUUUUGAACUAGGCUUCUUCCGAAGGUGGAAGCUUGACAAGUGCCAGUUUUAAUCAUUUCUUUUGAGUUACGGAAGGUGAUAAAUUGAUUUUCGGUUGUAAUUGGCGGGGGUUUGAAGAGUUUUCAAGUCCGUGUGAGCAAUGUGAGAACGAUAAAGUGCAGGAGCUUGCCGUCAGCCAUUACAAUUUUCCAGAGUACGAAUCGAGUGUGGAAAUUUUUUCAAUCCGUUGUUCGAGGCCACAUCCGAAGAGAAGGUGCGGGAGCACACGGUGAGAGUUUUCCACGAGCAAGUUGUGGAAGGGGGCGCAUUGUAAAUUAAAAAAGGGGUCAUCACGAGGUCGUAGCAGGCGGACUUUUAAUCAGCAGCCUUCUUAGACCCGCAGAAGAAGCUUCACAGUGGCAAAAAUAGCCUGCUUUGAUUCUUACCGAAGGAAGUGAUUAUGUAACACAUUUAGGAUACAUAUUCAUACCUAGCUUCGAAAGCAAACUUAGCGAUUGAGUGAUGUUCGGGAGAGUUGCACGGGAAAGUUGAAAGUAAAAAAAAACCCGAGACUGUGUGGGUUAAGCGUGUGCACCAUUUUCAUUCAUAUCGAACGUUUUCGGAAAACCGUGUGUCUUGGUGGAAUAUGUGUCCCAGCGUUUACGAGCGUGAGUAGACCGACAACAGCAUCUGUGGUGAGAGUUUAAUUGGUGGAAAGUUGUAAUUCAGAAGCGACUUGGCUGCCUCAAAAGCUAGAGAGAGAACGAACCUCCAUGGUACAGGGAGGAUCGUUGAAUCGAUGUUGUUUGGAAUUCACUUGGCCGGAGCAAUCUGAGGCUGCAUCUCGGUGAAGGCGCACAUGUGCGGGCUACGUUUUAGAACAAGAAACUCUCCGUCUCAGAAGACAUCCUUACGCUGGGGUGACAGCUGCUCUCUCUGAACAGUUGACCGCCACGGUUCUACAGCACACAUCAGUGGAUCCCAUCACAGAGAUCGCCUCCAUCUUCGUCACUUCAUCCAUCCCGAUCGCAGCAGUCUAACAUCGAAGUGUGAACUAUAGAGACUAAUACGUAAUAGUGUAGCCAUUUCGUCGAACCAGCCACAAGGUCGAAAAUACACAACUAACAAGAAUCUGAAGCAACAAAAAAUGGUCGCUAUCAAAGUGUUGAAUCCUAGUUCUAAGUGUAACGUUUUACGCGUAAAAUAUCUGUGAUGUGUUAAAAGUCUACAAAUCAAUGUUCUAAGAUUUCAAAACAAGUGUCGAAAGCGGAAGAAAAGCUUGUCAUUUACAAAGUCAAUAAAUUAUAAAAUACUAGCACACGAGUGAGUGCAAAAGGAAGAGCUAUAUAGAGUAGUCUUCCCAGUCGCCAUUCAACAUCUACACCGAAUCACUCACGUGAGCCAGUAAUUGGAGAGGUCCUUGUGCACCGUCUUUUCGAAGCAUCACUCCAUUCUUCGGCCUCACUCGCAUCGCACAUAUUUCAUCUCAUCAACGGAGAGAAAAACCUCCCGAAAACGAAAAGCCCUGGAACAAUAAUCGGAACAAUAAAAGCCAACGAUUCUCACGCCCCCUCUGGCUGUUAUUCAAGUACUGAAAAAAAAGAUCAUAAACCAACGAGAGACACAUUUCGUGGCGGCAACGGAGUGUGGAAAGAUCAUAAAAAAGCUCACCCUCGGUCAGAAAGACUCUUACGCACUCGGUCACCAGACACGACCGUUAUUACAUCACAUCCCUCUCCCCCGAAAAGAAAAAAAAAAUAAAGCUUUAAGUAUUAUUAAGUCACCCGAAGCAAAAACCAUUGCGUACUUUCGGAUCCGGAGCACCGGUUGACUUCCCCUAAAUCAGUGGGACAACAAGACAAAUCUUCUCGACGUGACCAAUCCACGAACCCGGUGUGGCGUGAUUAGAUUGAUAGAUUACAAUUUAAUCGGGCUGUCGUCUUUUAUACCCGAGAAUAGCACGCAGCAGCAAGAAAAAACCGCAGAAAGGAAACUUCUGCUGAUUUCGACACUAAUUAGCGGGAGCACUCUCGAGGAGAGCAAAAGCGAAAAGCCUCAAAAUGAUUAACAUUGCCGGUGUAAUCAGUAUUGUUUUGUUCUAUGUCUUGAUAUUGGCCGUCGGAAUAUGGGCAGGUCGGAAGAAGGAAGCCGGAAACGAUUCCGAGGAGGAAGUGAUGCUGGCCGGGCGAUCGAUCGGACUGUUUGUUGGUAUUUUCACGAUGACAGCAACAUGGGUCGGCGGCGGUUACAUCAACGGCACAGCGGAGGCAGUCUACACAUCCGGCCUGAUCUGGUGUCAGGCACCGUUCGGAUAUGCACUCAGCUUGGUUUUCGGUGGAAUCUUCUUCGCCAAUCCGAUGCGAAAACAGGGUUACAUCACCAUGUUGGAUCCGCUGCAGGACAGCUUUGGAGAGCGCAUGGGUGGACUGCUGUUUUUGCCGGCCCUGUGCGGUGAGGUGUUCUGGGCCGCCGGAAUCCUGGCUGCCCUCGGUGCCACCCUGUCGGUCAUCAUCGACAUGGAACAGGCGACUUCGGUCAUCCUGUCCGCGUGCAUCGCGGUGUUCUACACCCUGUUCGGAGGGUUGUACUCGGUGGCUUACACCGAUGUCAUACAGCUGUUCUGUAUCUUCAUUGGGCUGUGGAUGUGCAUUCCGUUUGCUUGGACUAACGAUCACGUCAAAAGCUUAUCGUCGAUGGACGUCGACUGGAUCGGUGAAAUUGGCGAGGGCUAUCACUGGUAUUAUGCCGAUUAUGGACUGCUGUUGGUUUUUGGUGGUAUUCCAUGGCAGGUUUAUUUCCAACGUGUACUUUCGAGUAAAACAGCUGGACGGGCCCAAAUCCUAUCGUACGUGGCUGCUUUUGGUUGUAUCCUGAUGGCCAUCCCACCGGUUUUGAUUGGAGCGAUUGCGAAGGCAACUCCUUGGAACGAAACCGCCUACUCAGGUCCCUGGCCGUUGACGGCUCAGGAGACAAGUAUGAUCCUCCCGAUGGUGCUGCAGUACCUGACACCGGACUUUGUGUCGUUCUUCGGGCUGGGAGCCGUAUCGGCUGCCGUUAUGUCAUCCGCCGAUUCGUCAGUAUUAUCCGCUUCGUCCAUGUUCGCCCGGAACGUGUACCGGCUUAUCUUCCGCCAGCGUGCCUCCGAAAUGGAAAUCAUUUGGGUGAUGCGCGUAUCGAUCCUGGUGGUGGGCAUCCUCUCCACCAUAAUGGCACUAACGAUACCUUCCAUCUACGGCUUGUGGUCAAUGUGCUCCGAUUUGGUGUACUGCAUUCUGUUUCCUCAGCUCCUAAUGGUGGUCCACUUCAAGGAGCACUGCAAUACCUACGGAAGCCUGGCCGCUUACAUAAUUGCAUUCAUGGUGCGGCUGUCCGGCGGAGAGUCGAUGCUCGGACUGCCAGCGUUGAUCCAAUAUCCCGGCUACGUCGAGGAGACCGCCACACAGAUGUUCCCCUUCCGCACAAUGGCAAUGAUUAUGAGUCUGGUCACGCUGAUAGGCGUCUCCUGGUGGACAAAAUGGGUCUUCGAAACUGGACGCUUGGCACCAAAGUAUGAUUAUUUCCGCUGUGUGGUUAACAUUCCGGAGGAAUUGCAUCGGGUUGGAGAGCCGUCCGAUUCAGGCGAACAGCUAUCGGUAAUGGCCGGUGGAAUGACGCGUAUGUACGGUGCAGCCACCAUGGUCGGCAAGGACGAACGAAACGGUCGAAUAAACCCGGCCCUGGAGGCGGACGAUGACUUACCGGUGGUGGAAGCCAAGCGACAAAUGGAACAGGAGAAGCUACAGCAGCAGCAGCAGCAGCAGCAAUUCUCCGGCGCCGGUGGAGGUGGUGGAGUAUUUCAGAGCGAUGGCAGCGUGGUACCCGGGAUCCAGGGCCAUACGGCAUUUUGAAAUCGGAUGCAGCAGUAAGGACUGCUCGCACCAGUAUUACACAGUAGUGGUACAUAGAAAAGGGGCAUCUAUUAUCUAUGGGAAAGAAUACACAUGCUUUUUCGAGGUUAGGUUGUGUUCUGCACUCUCUUUCCCUAUAGCUGCAUGCUAAAUUAGGGUAGCAAGAAAAACUGGAACAGGUUUCCGCUGCUGCACGCGCCGUUAUGGGUUUUGCGUUAUGAUUUAGGAAGGGUAGUUUGUGAAGGAGAUGUGCAUAAAUAUUUGGGAUAAUUAAAAAAAAAACAGCAAACGAUACAUAUCAAACUGAGAUUAAUGUUUUUAGUGUUUAGUUUCUGGACUACUGCAACUGAAACAUAUCAAAUUAGGGGCUUAAAAAAACAAAGCAUUAACAGACGGAAAUCGUUCUUGAAAUACAUAAUCAGACUUGCAGGUUUGAGGUUAAAAUGUUAUCUUUAAUGGGUGUGAGUUUCCGAGAGUUUUAACUUGCGAUAAGGAUCAAAUCAGCGAAACGCAGCAAUUUUAGUAGCAUGUAAGAGAAUCAACAUUUUGUUUUCUAUUAACUUAUGUUAAUUGUAUCUAUGUAUGAUGAAUGAGAACGAUACAGUUAAGGGAGGAACAUUGAGGAAACUAUUAUAAAAGGGGUUUUGUUGAUAUAAGUCGUUACUUUUUAAUGCCAGGAACAACGUAACCAAUUGUACAAAUAUAUUGUUUAGUAAAGGAAUUAAAAGUAUUAUCGUUUUUCCACUACAAACUGUCAAACAGCUUGCAAGUUUCCCUCAAAUGUUGAAUGGAAAGUGAAAGUAUAUAUUGCGGUUGUUACUUUUUCAUAGUUUAUUUUUUUAAUUUAGUUCAGAAAAGCUUGAAUGAUACAAACAAUGCUAAUAUAGGUGAAUGUUUCAAAAUAAAGAAAAAGGUGAAACCCAUCAGAUGAAAUAUAUCUCAAAAAAUCAGUCAAAGGUGCUAGAAGAAUAGUCAAUGAAAAAGAGUUAUUAGCCAUUUGUUGAAUCUGAGGUGUGACUAAAACAGAGAUGUGUGAAAUGUAUUUGUUGUACGGGUGUAUGAUUAAGUUUGCUUGUUUAUAUUUGUUUACUCGAUUUUAUUUUUCCUACACAGGUUCUUUUUUCAAACUCAUAAGCAAAAACAAGAGAUCGAUAAUACGUGUAUUGCUUGUAAGAAGGAAUAUAAAAAUAAAUAGAACUGACUAUCGAAUAAACAAAUAAACUAUGACAGAGCACUAGAAAUAAUUUUAUUGUAUAGUAAAUGAAAUUACAUAAUUGACCGUAGAUGUUACAUUCAAAAGCAAACCAAUACUGAACUUUAGUCAAAGUAACGAAACACAGGCAAUUACGAUUCAUACAUAUCAGAAGAAACCUGGCGAAGCAAACCUAAUACAUAUCAAUAAUGGUGUCCUUCCUAACGUAAAAAAAAUAGACAUACAGCAAAAAAAAAUACGGUCAACGUGAACGGAAGAAAUUUUACAAUCAUUUAUUAUGCCUUCACUUUAUGCUUCAUGACUGUGUGCGAAGGUUGUUGUUCUAUGCAGUUCAUUUGUGUUUGAUUUUCAUGAUUGAUUGUUAAAAUUUUGUU